AUGGCGGAGGAGAUGGCCAACGUCGUGUACGGCUCCAACAUCAUCGAAAGAGUUGGAGUACCAGAUCUGAACGAGACCAGGAGGAUCUGCUGGGAGAUUUACAUGAACCAGCGUGGUAUCUUCGAAGAUGAGCCGCCUCGCAGCUCUGCGUACGAAGCCGCGCUAGAGAGUGCCAUCGACGCAGGACAGGUGAACAGAAGUCGUCGCGACAGACAAGAAGUCGCAAAUCAUGCAGCCGCCUUUGUUUACAUGACGAACAAAGUCGUGAAGUCGAACGAGCCAUUCGGCGAUCAGCUCAUCAGAGAAACGCAUAGAAUUCUGUGCAACAAGGUGGAUGCAGACAACGGAGACACCACUCGCCCAUACCAAGAUUACGCAGGCUUGUACCGGAGCAUCGAUGGGCGAGACAACGUCAUGGCGGGCAACACUGGCUUCGUCCGAGCCAGCAAAGUCGCGUCGGCGAUGACGAGAUUCAUUGAAGAACUCAACGAAACGAUUCGUAUGGCAGAGAAGGAGCAGACUCUCGACCCGUUCUUCAUUGCAGCUCAUGCUUGUGGCGAGUUCGUCAACAUCCACCCAUUCAUCGACGGUAACGGGAGACCCUGCCGUCUGAUCCUGAACACGAUCCUGCUCAAGUACGCCGGUAUCGUAGCGCCUAUCGGGGAGGAUCAGGCCGAGCGGAAAGAGUACCUCAGCAUUCCAAAGCGACGCAGUACAGAUGAGGAUGGGAACGGAGCUUUGUCAUCCUCGACGGUACGGAAAAGUCUACGACGGCUGAAAGAGGUGACGGCGAAGUUGGUCAUUGAAGAUGAGCGGGAGGAGUUGAGCUUGGUACUUACUGCUGGAUGGUUGUGCUUCAAGUGCCAGAGGAGUUGCCUCUGUGCGGGCAUUUGA